UACACAGAUAAAGACACGACACAUUCACAGAGCUGGACAGAGACUUUAACAGUGUGUAACAAAACAGGAGCGUUAAUAUCUUCCUGAAUUGGAGUUGGUGUAGAGAUCUGUGAGAGUGAACUCAGGAUGAAGAUCCUCCUCAUCUUCACCCUCUGUCUGAUCUCAGAUGGAGGAGCCUCAAAGGAAGUAACAGGAUAUUCAGGAGGAGGAAUCCUUAUCAAGUGCAAGUAUGAUACAGAAUACAAAGAUAAACAAAAAUAUUUCUGUAAGGGUUCAUGGCCAGGCUGUACUGACCAAAUAAAGACAGGAGAUAAAAACCAGUGGGUAAAUUCAAGAAGAUUCUCACUGUUUGAUGACACCAAAUCAUCAGAGAUCUGGGUGAUGAUCAGAGAGCUCACUGUACAGGACACUGGGACGUACCAGUGUGGAGUUGACAUUAGUUUAGACAGAGACAUUUACGAACCGGUGGAACUGAAGGUAAAGCAAGGGUCCUUGGUCUCUAGAGAAGUGACUGCAUAUGCAGGGGGAAGAAUUGACAUCAAAUGCAGAUAUGAGGAUGAAUAUAAAGACAAAUCAAAAUCUUUCUGUAAGAUCGGAACACAUCAGUGUUGUUUUAAUCAAAAACAAACAAAACCGAACAGUGAAUGUUCACAUGAUGGCAGAUUCUCAAUUCAUGACAACAGAAGUGCAGGAUUCUUCAGUGUGUUUAUCAGAGAGCUUAUUAUAGAGGACACAGGAACAUACGCAUGUGGUGUUGUUGUGUCUGAUAAACUGGCGGUCUACACUGUAGUGACACUGAAUGUAACAGAAGGUGAGGAGCAUUAAUUAUGUGUUUUAAGGAGAAGAAACGUGGUCAUUUCUAUGCAAAUACACUGUAGAAAUGUGUAUGUGUUGUUAAUAGGAGCUAGGACACAAAUACACAUAUAAAAUUUUAUUUCAUCUGAUUGGUUCUCAUAUCUGUCCUAUGAAAAGUCCAUCAGUAAGAGUGUCCAUGUAGGAGGAGAUUUAACUGUCAGAUGUAAAUACCCACAAUCCCUCAGGAGUGACCCCAAGUUUCUCUGUGGGGGGAGGACACAAGAUUUUGCUUGUUUUUAUAAGGACUCUGUUAAAGAGAAUAAAAAAUAUUUAAUUGUUGAGAAAACGGCCCUGUAUGAUGACAGAGAAAAACAAAACUUCAAUGUGAGUAUUAGAUCUGUAACUAAGCAGGACUCUGAAUACUGGUGUGGAGCUGAAAAAGCCUGGACAUCUGAUCAUGGAUACAAGGUUUAUUUCACACGGAUCAACCUGACAGUCACUG